AUGUUUCUUAAAUCCCUUGAUGUGUCAGGCCUAACAAAGGAUGCAGAUACAUUGUUUAAGUUGUUUGAUAAAGUUGUUCAAGAAGUUGGGCCUGAGCACGUUGUGCAAUUCAUUACAGAUAAUGAUUCUUCUUUCAAGUCUGCAGGAAAGAAGCUAAUGCAGAAAUAUGGGACAUUCUAUUGGUCUCCUUGUGCAGCCCAUUGCAUUGAUUUAAUGUUGGAAAAUUUUUCUGAUAAAAGAUAUUUUCCUAUCAUUGAUGAAACCAUUCAAAAGGCUAAAAAGAUUACCAAAUUCAUAUACAACCAUGGCAAGAUUUUAUAUUUGAUGAGAAGCGACUUCACUAAUGGCAGGGAUUUGAUUCGUCCAACCAUCACAAGGUUUGCAACUGAGUUUUUAAGUUUUCAAUGCUUGACUAAGUUCAAGAAAGAACUUAGGCAAUUGUUUACAUGUGAUCAAUGGGUUGAAUCUCGACAUGCUAGAGAUGUCAUGGGAAAGGAGGUGGCUGCAAUUGUUUUGGAAGAUAAAGAGUUUUGGUUACAAUGUCAACAAAUAGUGAAGAUUAGUGAGCCUUUGGUUAGAGUACUAUAUCUUGUAGAUGGGGAUGAAAUACCAUCAAUGGGAUACUUGUAUGAGGCAAUGGAUAAAGCAAAGGAGAACAUAAAAGCAAGGUUGAAGAAUAAAAUUUCUGCAUAUAUACCAUUUACUAGUGUCAUUGAUGCUAGAUGGGAUAAACAACUCCAUAGUCCAUUGCAUGCAGCAGGUUGUUAUCUCAACCCUGGAAUCUGCUUUAGGCCUUCAUUUAAGAAGCAAAAAGAUGUUACAAAAGGCCUACUUAGUACCAUUACAAGGCUGGUUUCUGAUCCUGAUGAGCAAGACAUUCUUAGUUCUCAAAUUGAAUCAUACAAAAAGUCUUUAGGUGACUUUGGAAUGGCUAUGGCAAUCCGCCAACGUGAAAAACUAAGUCCAGGUGCUUGGUGGGAGCAAUUUGGAAAUGACACUCCAGAAUUACAAAAGUUUGCAAUUUGA